AUGGGGCUUCUGUCAGAAGGUACGCCUCUCUCCUGGGAAGAGACCAAGCGACUGAGUGACUACGUGCGACGCCGUGGCAUCCUCCAGUUCAUCAAGAUGUACCGGGAGGCCCGUGACCGCCGUGGCGACCGCCUUUUGUGGGGAGACGAGGUCGAGUACAUGUUGGUGCGCUUCGACCACGUCAAAAGACGCGUUCAAUUGCUACUGCGAGGUGCCGAGAUCAUCCACGAGCUGAAUGAGCGAGAACUGCGGACACCGACGAGCAUCUGCUCCUGGCACCCGGAGUUCGGCGCUUACGCUGUGGAAGCCGUGCCGGGGCUGCCUUAUGGCGACACCCUGGCGCACUGCAACGUCGUCGAGCACAACAUGCGCCAGCGUCGCGCCGAGAUAAGCCAGCUGCUCGGUCCCAACGAAGAGGUCAUGUGCAUUACGGUCUUUCCGAGGCUGGGCUGCGCCGAGUUCACGUAUCCACCGUAUGAGCCUUCACUCGGCUCGGUCUCCAUGCCGUCUUUAUUCGUGCCCGAGCAGAUGAUCUACCCUACUCACCCACGCUUCCGCACUCUGGCACGCAACAUUAGGCUGCGGCGCGGUAAACGGGUCGUCAUCAACGUGCCCAUUUUUCAAGACGUCAAUACUCCGCGUCCCUUCAUCGAAGACCUCGUGAAACUAGGUGCUGAUGAAGAGGCGCUGCUCGCAAAUAAGCCUGACCACGUAUACAUGGACGCUAUGGGAUUCGGUAUGGGUAACUGCUGCCUACAGGUGACACUGCAAGCGUACGACAUGGAAGAAGCGAUGCGACUAUACGACCAGCUGGCCAACGUGUGCCCCGUCCUGCUGGCACUGGGUGCAAGCAGUCCCGUCUUCCGCGGCUACCUAGUGGACCGAGACUGCCGCUUCGACGUCAUCUCUAUGGCCGUCGACGACCGUACCGACGACGAGAUGGGCACGGUGCGGCCGCGCUACGCCAGUAUACCCUGCUUCAUCUGCGCCGUCAACGAGCACUGCAACGACGUGCCGCUCGCUCACAACCACGAAGUCUACCAGCUCCUGCGCUCCGAGAACAUCGGCCACGGCCUGGCGAUGCACUUGUCUCACGUCUUUGGGAAGGACACGCUCUCGCUCUUCAGGGAGAAGCUCGACGACGGCGUGGACAACGACUACGACCACUUCGAGAACCUUCAGUCGACAAGUUGGCACACGCUGCGCUUCAAGCCGCCUCCACCCAACACGGACAUCGGAUGGCGAGUCGAGUUCCGGCCCAUGGAGCUGAACAUGACCGAGUUCGAGAACGCGGCUUACGUAGUAUUCGUUGUGCUCCUCACACGUGCCAUCCUGACGUUCGACCUGGACUUUGUGAUCCCUAUAUCCAAGGUGGACGAGAACGUGCGCGUCGCUCAGAAGGUCGACGCCGUUUUGACAGAGACACUGUGGUUCCGCGAAGACGUCGGAUCCUCCUCGCACAGUGAGGGUGCCGCUGAGCCACGCGUCGCACGAAUGACGCUCAGCGAGAUCGUAAACGGCAGGGAGGGCUUCCCUGGCCUUGUGCCACUCGUGCGCAGCUUUCUGGCAAGCGUCGAGGAGGUGGACACCAGCACCCGCUGUACCGUCGAGCAGUACCUGCAGCUCAUCGAGAAGCGCGCCUCUGGCCAGCUGAUGACGGGAGCGCGCUGGAUACGACACUUCGUCACCUCCCACCCUGAGUACAAAAAGGACUCAGUGGUGAGCGAGGGCAUCGCUUACGACCUCGUGGCACGAAUGAAAAGGCUGCAGCACAACUUUUGGUGCUGCCCAGAGCUUAUCGGCACGCCGGUGGCUAGGUCGACGGCGACCCCGCCCACCUCUCCGGCUGUGUCGGCAGCGUCGACGCCUGCGAAUGAAGAAAACUACCAGCGACCACGACGACGUGCUUCUUUGUCAUCGGAGUCCAAUUAA